UGGUGUAUAUAUACAUGGUACUACCAAAUGGCCUGCCUUCAUCCCGACGCUUUUAGCAUUUCUCCUUGCCGUUGCCAUUCCCAUCCUUCCUUCUCUCAUCUAAAACCAUCACUCUCUCUCUCUCUCUCUCUCUCUCCAUCUCUGCCAAAUGCCAAUGGCAAAUUCUCUUCUGCGAUGGAAUCCUUCUAUGGAGAUGAGCGGAGCUUCUUCAGCAGGAGGAAGUGCUUCAGGAAACACAGACAGCGAUAUUAGGAUCAGUUCAAGAGAGCUGCAGGAGAUGGGACAUGAGACUGUGAAACAAAGAGUGAGGAAGAAUGGAAAAUCAAGUGGGUCUUCACAGAAGAAACCGCCACAAAGGGGACUGGGAGUGGCUCAGUUGGAACGUUUGAGGCUUCAGGAGCGAUGGAAGAAAAUGACUGAGAUCAACCAGCCUCAUCAAGGACCUCUCAACAACAACGAUCAUCAGUAUCAGUUCUCCUUCCCCUUCGCCGAUCACCGGAAUGGGGUUUCAGUUCCAUACUCGAGGUUCGGUCCUGUCAACCCUGGAGGAUUAACCAAUGAUGGCCAUGUCUCUACCUCGCAUAUGCAGACGCAGGCUCAGGCUCACCCUCUUCACCCGUACAGGUUCGCUAAUGGUGGUUUCUCAGGGAACGCCGGGACUUUCUUCUGCGGCCGACCGGUUUUUCCCGAUCAGUUUCAGAUGGACCGGCUGAAGGUACCAACUCAGGAAGCUAGGUUUCACAGUGGCAAUCCAAAUCUGUACGAGACCAGCAAAGAGCUCUCUUCAACCCAAACCCAAAACCAAAUGUUGCAUUGCUCCUCCGAUCAGUGCGAUAUAUGUAAGAAGAAGCACAUCCAUGGCGGAAAUCUAGGAUAUAACUAUAUAGCGCCAAGAAAUUAUCAUGGAGAUGGAUUCGAUUAUCUGAGUUUGAAUCUGGGAAGCAACAAGCCCAUUAAUCGGGACCAGCGCAGAGAUGUCGGUGUGAAUCCGGCCACUUUCUCAGUACCAGACAACGCUCAUGAGGAAGCAGAGGUCUUAGCUGUUCAUCGUCAGGAAAAGUCGAUUGGAGGCAGCGUAUUCAUGGAGUACGACUUCUUCCCUCAGAAAGCUGACCGAAGCGUCACCGACAUCAACAGCAGCGCCACCACCGCCACCACCAACACUGGUGGUUACUCUUCCUAUACUGAUCACUUUUUUCUUGCUGGAGUUACUGCAGCAGGAGCGGCCAGAGAAGCUUCUCUUACUACUCAUAAUACUAAUUCUCUUGAUUUGUCCCUCAAGCUUUCCUGUUAGACCCAGAAAGCAACUUUAAAAAUUUUCUAUUCCUUUGCAUUUCUCUUUCCCCUCCCCUCUACCUGUUGUUUCUGACUGAACCAGAGCCAAGCUCAAAUCCCCAAAAAAAAAGAGGAGCUUUUGUUCUGUCAAAAUUUAAUUCAACUAAAUAGAGAGCAAAUCUGCCUUCAGUUCUAAA